ACUUUCUUCUGGACAAUGGCACUCACAGAAUGAUUCUCCCCGAGCCUUCUAUCCAUACCAAUGUUACAGAGCAUAUUGUACGCAGCACUGGCAUUCAGGAUUUCAUCAUCAGUUUUCAGUCCAAAAGAACCAUUUAUGCAAGGAGCGUUGGUCCAGGAGAUUUUGACUCCAUUGAAAUGUUGUACUUUAUGAAGAUUAUGUCAUGGACCAAUACUGGUCUGGCUGCUUGGCAGAAGUGGAUGUACAGUGUUUCCAUAUCAUCGGAACAGUAUGGAAUGCAACAACUCUACUCCAAUAUUAGUUCUACAGAAAUAACAGUAACUAAAUUAAAUUUAACUACCAAAUAUGAUAUAAGUAUUCUAUCGUCAUCACCCGCUGGGGUUAGCAAGUGGACAGACCCUGUGGGAGGAACCACUCUAUAUCCAGUUUCGGCCCUGCCUUAUUUCCUAGCUGUGGGCUCUAAAGGACUAUGGCGACAACCUUUGGACAAGUUUGGCACUGGAAAACUUGUCUAUGAGAAACUCAGAUUUGUAUCAGAUGUAGAUUGGUACAAUGGCACCCUCUACUGGAGCAAAGAAACAGGCCAUGUGCAUAUGUGGAAUUUAAGAGACACUUCCAGUAAACAGCAAGCAAUAAAUUGGGAAGGAGUCAAGCUCCGUAUACAGUAUUUCAGGAUUUCUCGAUGGAACUCACUAGAACGCACAAAGCGUUCUCCCACGAUUUGUACCAGCCUAGUUCAUAAGAAAUGCAAAUUUGCUCUGAUUUAUCCUGCCCAGUUGCGGAUUUUCAAUGGUGACACUUUUGUUGACUUUACGUCUCCAAAAGAUGCCCAGGCUUACCAGCAAGAGGAAAAUCAAAAUGCUUCCUAUGAUAUUUCUGAUCUACCUCAAUCCUCUGAAGAUAGAUUAAAAGCAAUUUGGGAAGAUUAUAAAUUUACAAACAAAGAACACGAAGACUCUAAUCCCCCAUUGUUCUGGCAAACAGCCAAAUCAGUUCUGCGAGGGGCUGCGAUAUCCUUUGUCUCAGAUCGUAACAGAAAACUUUCUCUGUCUUAUCUCAAACUUCAAGUUAUCUUAUCUGAAGCCUAUUCUGCUUAUAUGAUACACUCCUCACCUAGAAAUAAACAGUCUUAUGAAGAAGCAAAAAUUCAUUUGGAAGAAGUUUUGCAGUCUAUUAGAUCCCAUCCUCCUAUAGUGGUACAUGCUUUAACACAAUCUGACGGCACUCAGACCUCUUCCAACAGCCAAAUCGCUUCUACCUUCAAAGACUUCUACAAAGAUCUUUACUCAGAUCCCUUUCCUCUUAACCACACUUCUUUUUCCACUAAUUUUCAAAUGGAUUUGUGGUCGAAUCUUGUAUAUCCUCAAGUCCCAGUGGAUUGUAUAAAUUUGCUUAUUUCUCCAAUUACGUCAGAGGAGGUGCCUAGAGUGAUUACAUCACUUAAAACUGCUAAGGCUCCUGGUCCCGAUGGUCUUGGAGGUGACUUUUAUAAAAUUCUCUCGGCCCAGUUCAAUUCGGCUGUGAUCAAGGUGCUCCCCAAACCUGGGAGAGAUCUCUCUAAAUCAGAAUCUUACAGACCUAUCUUCUUGUUAAAUUCAGACUAUAAAAUUCUAACAAAAAUGUUAUUGGAUAGGCUUAAGACCGUAUUAUCAAGUAUCAUCCAUCCAGAGCAAAUGGGAUACGAACAUUCAUUAAUGAAUGUUCGUAAAGUUCUUACUGUGAUUCAACAAAUGCAGUCUUCUACUCAGGAUACCACCUCUGGCGUUACACUUCUUAGGAUUAAUCCAAUAGAUAUAUCAUCUGAUGUAAAAAUUACAGAAUUUACAAACUGGAGUUCAUCAGAAAUUUCUCACCAUACUGUAAUGUUCCACAGCGAUCGCCUAUUUUGGAUAAAUGGGCAGAAUUAUAUCACAGUGCAAGAGGUUAACCAAAGCGUCUGCACACCUUUCUCCCAACCUUCAGAGUUCACAGCUUUUACGCUGGUUCUAAAUUUCCGAAAACCAAUACCAGAUACUCCUGUAGUGAUGCCAGAUAUGAUUCCUAAUUCAUCUUUUGAAAUCAGAGGGAAUUAUUCACAAUUCAACAUUUUUUGGAAAGCCGUUAAAUAUGGAAAAUUAUUCUACUAUGUGGAGUCCACGUUGCUUUGUGAUCUGCUUGGAGCAAGUUAUGACAUCUGUCUUAUACCAGAAAUAUUAAUUGAUCCAUUCUAUACUGUAGAAGGACUGGAACCAUAUACAGAAUUUAAUUUAGCUGUAACUCCCUAUAUGUACUGAGCAAAAGGGCCUACAACAUUGCUAACUCUUCGAGCUCCACAAGGAGUCCCUUCUUCACCUUUGAACCUACGGACAUUUAUUUUGCAUAAUUCUAGCAUGUUUGACAUAAAGAACAUUGGGGUAGAAAUGAGAUGGGAUAACCCAAAGAUGACCAACGGGGCUUUGAGAAAUUUUACAGUUUCCUACAGAGUACAAUACAAUAAAACAGUAAUGAUGUGGAUUACUGUCAACACAACAGCAUGUUCAAAGUCAAUGAAUCUCUAUGGCCUGAGUACUGACCUUUUACUCCAAUUUCAGUCACCAGCUGUGUUGUGGAGGAGCCUCUGUUUAGGCAUAGUGAGAGAAUUAGUGAGGGUUCAUCCUGCUCCAGUUGUUUUCAGUAUUUCCUCAAAGCAAAUAACUUUUCAUGAUGUGGUCAGAAAUGCAGCGUUAUGGAAUUUUACAGAUGAGAACAUAAAGAUGGCUUCCUACAUAGGCCAUGAUGGAAAAGUCUACUACCUACUUAAUGAUAAGAUGAUAUGGAGAGAUAUAAAGAGCCGUUCAAGUAUCCUGGUAUUGGAAGAUAAACGUCUCUCCUGCAGUCAGAGUAUGACAGCAGACUGGAUUGCCAGACAUAUUUAUGUGGCUGUAUGUUCGGAACAAAAUGGGACCCAGCUUCUCUUUACUGACCUGGAACAAAAAGAGAAGAUCCUAAAACCUUUAGAAUGUAAGCUCUCACGAGCAGGGCCCUCUUCCCUCAUGUGCUGUGUGUUUUCUUUUUCAGAAAAAAGAUGUUUGAUUUUGACUGUGAACACCUCUAAACCAAUUAUUCUGAGUACAACAAACACAGGUCUUACCUUGCAACUGCCUCAGGCAAAGAGUGAGCUAACCUGCCCAUUUAUAAUGAGUAGUACUGCAACAUAUACAAUUACAUAUAGAAAGCUCACUAAUGGUGACCACGCAGUUCCAGAAUAUUCAAAAGAUGUCACAAGCACAUUAUUAGUGAAGCUUAUAUUAAUAUUCUCUUUGCGAUGUGACCAACACCAGAAUCCCGACAGCACUCUGGAGACUGGCACCGGAUCACCAACAGAUGAGAUGCCGAAGGGCUCUUCCUUUAUCAUUCUCUUCUAUAACAUUUUCCCAACAUCCAAACUCAGGUUAAGGAAAGCUUUAUUAAAGAAGCCAUCCCUUACAAAUCUUGGGCCUGAUUCAGAUGUGGUUGGAGUUGCUAUCAUUGAUGCUUACAUGGAAGCAUCAGGAGUUCCAGAAGCUGCGGCUAUCACAGAAAUACAGGUUUUAUCAGACUCUUUGGUCAGUAUAACAUGGACAGAGCCAUCCAAGCCAAAUGGUCCUCUAGAUUCUAUUCAAUAUCAAAUCCAAGCCCCCAAGCCCUAUUUCUCCAAGGAGAAAAAUAAAUUUAUGUUGAAUACCUGUAUAUCCCUCUGGUUGAAAUACUGUACAGUACUUCACAUUAUAGUAACCUGUAAUAUUUGUUUGAUGUCCCAGGUCCUUACAUUUCACCCAGAUGAAUACUGGUACACUCAAAACAGUGUGGUUUCCUCCAGAAUGUUUGAAGCACCUUCUGCUCCACAUAAUAUAAUUCCUGGCAAUACCAGUUUGGUAAUUGAAUGGAGAGCUCCGGAGGAAUCCAUAAUGGAAUUCUGGUUUGAAAUAAUACAGUCCUCUGAAACUAGCAUAGUGACCUAUGGUUGUGGUGAACUGAGACCGAAUGGAAAACCGCCUAAACUAUCAUUCUCCGUGCAUGGGAGAAAGCCGGAUCUACCAGCUGCAGAACGCAUGUCCGAUUCGGAGGAUGCUUCAUCGCCAAGAGCUCACCUCACCACCCAAGAUAUCGUCUCUAUUGUGACCAAAACUAUUCAAACCGAAAUGAGGUCAGCGCUUGCAGAAUUUAGAAAGGAUCUGACCAACCUGGGCACCCGUACGGAUUCGUUGGAACGUAAGAUGGAUGAGGUGUGCCAGUACCAGGCCGUGCUUGAACAGGAGUUAAUUGACCUCCGCACUGAUGUCGACGUGCAUGAGGACCACCUGGAGGAUUUGGACAACCGGAACAGGAGAAAUAAUAUCAGGAUCCGUAACAUCCCUGAGAGCGUUACCCUGGAAGCCCUUCCAGGUUUUUUGGAAGGCCUGUUUCUGAAUUUACUCCCCGGUACUCCGAAAGACCUGUUCCUUCUAGAUAGAGAAUCUGUAUACUUCUGCAUGCUUACGGGAGAUGUGCCAAUCUAUCAUUUACGAGCCAUGGAUAUGUAUAUGUCUGGAAUUCCCAGUCAUUCUGAUCCAGCAAACUUUAUCACAUCAGAUGGAAUACCAAAUAAUCCAGGAAUUCCACAGAGUGUGCCGGGAGAUGAAAAUACCAUCCAGUGGAAAAGUUUUGAAGAUAACGGCAGUAACCUCCUUUAUAAUAUAUUACAGUAUAGGCAGGUGGAUGCUGAUGGAAGACAGCUAGUGUCAUGGCGAAUGGCAUAUAAUGGCUCAUGUUGUGACAUUUGUAUAUGAAAGUCUAAGGUCUCGGAAGGAACAUUCCAGUUCAGAGCAGCUGCUGCAAAUGUAAUAGGUCUUGGGGAUUUCAGUAACAUUAGUGAAAAGAUUCUGGUGCAUAAAGAGCCUGAAAGUAAACCUGCUUCUGAAAUCCCCAAGGAGAGUCCAAUUGUGUCUCAGUUUAACUAUCCUAACAUUCUGAAGCUACUUGGAGUUUGCCUUUUUAAUGAGCCUCAGUAUAUUAUCCUGGAAUUAAUGGAUGGCGGGGAUCUGCUGUCAUAUUUGCGAUUCAGAGACUUGGCUGCCUGGAAUUGCUUAGUAUCGGAGAAAGAGCACAGCCAUCAAGAGAGGACAGUGAAAAUUGGUGAUUUUGGUCUAGCUAGAGACAUGUAUAAAAGCGAUUACUACAGAAAGGAAGGCGAGGGACUCCUCCCUGUAUGAUGGAUGGCGCCAGAAAGAAUUGAUGGCAUAUUCAUUACUCGCUCUGAUGUUUGGUCAUUUGGUAUUCUCUUAUGGGAAGUCUUUACUUUGGGACAACAACCUUACCAAGGAUACUCUAACAUAGAGGUUUUGCAUUAUGUGCGCUCAGGGCAGAGAAUGGACGACUCCCCAGAAAACUGCCCUGAUGCUAUAUAA